AUGUCGCUCACUUCAACAACACGUGAUAUUUCAUCAACAACAACCACCACAACCUCCAAUUCUCAACAUUCUCUGUUACUCCAAUUCAUCUCUUCUUCUCUUCCUAGCAUUGUAACCACAGCGGUCAAUGACAACAACAAACUCAAUGUCAACGGUUAUGCCAACAUUACUCUCAAAGAUGUUCAACCGUUAUGGGUCAGUUAUUCAACACUCGCCAACAGUUCCUUCUUUCUCGUGUGUUACAUGAUUUACUUUUUCAUUGUCGGCAUUUUUCUAAAACGAGUUUCAAUGAAAAAGAAAUUGAAAAGAAAUCAUAAAAUCUUGUUAACAUUGACUGUCAUUUUUGUGGGUAUUCAAGCAUGGACGCAAUUGUUGAGAAUUGUCAAUGAUUCGUUGGGGAUUAUUGGGAGGAAUGUGUUGGAACAGGGACAAUUGGUGGAAUGGCCGUUAUUUGUGGCAAUGAAUGCGGUGGGAGGAAUUACAACGAUUUUUACAUUUUCGAAUUUAAUUUCGUUGUUUGUGAUUUUGUUUGUGGUUCAGAAUAUUUUUUGGGAAACUGCAAAAUUAGUGCGGGCCAUUUCGGAAAAAUCAUUCAACGUGAUUCGAGUGGUCAUGCUUGUGGUGAAUGUAAUUUUUAUUUUACUGACUUUUUCCUUAGUUCUACUCGUUGGAGUGUGUUUUUCCCUUUUUGGAUUAGGAAUACUCUCGAAGAAUGUAGCCACCGCGGUUUUCGUGUGUGUUUUUAUCUUGGUUGUGCUGAUGCUCUUUUUCGAUUCCUUUAUGGUUUUGACAUCUGGCAUUUUAGUCAUCAAAACCAUCAAAGACACUACUGCAAACACUGUGAAAGCCAUCACUCUUCGACCUCUCGAAAAACAGAGCUCUCGAUCCUCCUUCGAUUUACAAUCUUUUGAACGUCGAGUUCAAAGUCCUUUCAAAAUCACAUUCGGUCUUCUCAUAGGCAUGUUGACCUGCAUGUUCAUGGAAGUCAUUGCUGGAGGCAUUGCUAGUGCCGUUGCAGAAAUUGAAACUCUUCGAUUAGUGUGGUACAUUUUCAAUUGCUUGGGAGUUUUAUUAUUUGCAGUCAUUGUUUUGUUUUUAUUCUUUCCAUUAUUCUUUGGAAAUGAAAAUGCAUUUGCAGAAAUUGAGAAACGAUCCAGAAUGAAUUCAACUCAAAGACAGCAACCACAAAAUUCUCAGAAUGGCGCGAAUGAUGGUGUAAAUUCUUCGAAAAAUUUAUCAUGUGAAAUUUACAUUGAGAAUGGCAUACAAGUUCCAAGUUCCUUUUCACAUGUGAAAAUUCCUUCUUCCUCGAACGAGAGUACUCCAACACAACGAUAUGAAAAAGCCUUACUCUCUCCUCAGAAUCCUCAAUCGUUAACAGUCACAGCAAGAUUAAUGACUGAUCCUCCAGUGAGUCCAUUAUACAGUCCAAGUACUGCUUCGAUCAUCACAGAGGAGAAUGAAAAAAAAGCACAACAUGAGAACCAUGUCAUGGAUGAGGAAAUUAAGGAUGGAUAUGAAGAAGAACAUUCGAAUUCUACUUCGAACUCAAGUCAAACCAAUGAGCCAUAA